AUGGAUGUUAUUGUGGAUACCCUAGAACAACCCCUAUUGGAAAAUGCACCACGAAAAAUUUCCAAAACAUCAACACAAAAAACAAUAAGAAGAGCAUUCAAAUGCACGUCAAAUUUAUCUAAUCUUCUCCCAACUGGAACAGUUCUAAUAUUCCAAACUUUGUCACCGAUUUUAUCACAUAGAGGACAAUGCCAUACAGAAACAAGCAAAAUCUUGACAGUGUGUCUAUUAACAUUUUGUAGUCUCUCGUGUUUUCUUUUAUCAUUCACUGAUAGUUUAAGGGAUGAAAGAGGAAAGGUUAGAUAUGGUGUUGCUACAUUAAAUGGUAUUUGGGUUAUGGAUGGAUCAAUUAAGCUUACGAUUGAAGAGGCAAGGAACUAUAAGCUAAGUAUCAUUGAUUUGUUUCAUGCAUGUGGGUCUAUCUUAGUUUUUGGUGCAAUUGCACUUUUUGAUCAAAGUAUUGUAUCAUGCUUGGCUCCAAAGCCUUCUGAGGAUGCCAAAGAGAUUUUGGAAGCAUUGCCUAUUUGGAUUGGAGUUCUGUGUAGCCUUUUGUUUUUUAUAUUUCCUACACAAAGACAUGGUAUUGGUUUCCCUCUCUCACGUGAUUAA